AUAUAAGUGAUCAAAGUGAUUGGUACCGCCAUGUCUCUCUUUCCGAAAAGAAGGUCGAAAGGAAACAUAAACAAAUUCUAAUUGACUGUAAAUACCAAUGUAUCAAUGUCAACAAACUGUCCAAGGAGACGAAAUAGAAACACAAACCCAUUUGAGAAUUUUGAUCGGAAUUUUUUUUUUCUUAAGGUCAUAAAAGACACCUAGUAGGCAUAAUAUUCAUCUUUUUUUGUUUUUCUAACCUGUCUUUAUUACUGAUGAACAAGAACAAGAAAUAAAAUUUCGGUUGUUUACUGGUUCCGCUUAUGACUCAUUAGCAGUCAUAAUCCCUCGUCAUUCUAAACUCCAAAGGUUCCUUCGAUUAUGUAGGAGACGAAAAAGAAAACCAAUCAUUGGCGACGUGGUUGGAUGCCGUGUUUUCAUUCGACUCUUAAUGCUUCAGUUUGCAGCAGGCUAUUUGUUUACGAUCCAGCACACCCUUCAGAAGAAACUUUAAGACUAAUCCUGAAGCGAUGGAAUAUAUUAGAUGAUGUCAGAGCCACCAAGUCAUAUAGAAAAUGGGAAGCUUAUUUAACAGUGCUUGUCACAAGUCUGUCUUCACCGAUAAAUGAAAAAUCAAAAGAGAUAUUACAAAUGAAAUCCUGUUGGCUUAAAUAUAGUGCAGAAUAUAGUUUCGUCGUGCUGCUAUACAUAGAGGACACCUGGAGAAUCGGGUAGAAUGGAAAGACAAAGUCAAACAAGCAAAGAAGACUUUUUCCUUUUUUUGUUUAUACUUAAAUACUCCUCUCCAUCCAUUACAUGUCAAAUUCAGUAGCAGAGGGCUUUACGAUUCAUUUUUAGGUCCACAUUCAAGACAUUGUACUCUGUGUAUCGUCCUAAAGAGGUUAUAUAAUGUUGUUACUUCGCUGGGAAGCGUAGCAGCUUGUUCUAUGGAUGAUAGGAUUCGUAUACAGAAAAGAACAAAUGACAUGAAACUAAAGGUUCUUUUUCUUAAGGUAGAACUCUAAAACUGAUUACUGAUUUCUGUUUUCUUUUAUUUUCGAUGUGUUUUUGAACGUCCACAUCCAUAACUGUGGAGAGACAUCGCGACGCGACCAUAGACGACCCAAAGAGGUGAAUUGCGAGAAUCAAAGGAUGUAAAUGAAUUGAUUACACAAGAAAAAGAAAAAAGAUUUUUAAAUAAUGAUUGGAAUUAUUUUCCAAGGAACCUGAAGUUUCUAAAACCAAUUUCUACCUUUUCCUACUAUUUAUAUAUAUUUUAACUUUUAUACAAUUCGUUUUCUAUACUAGCUGUAUCCAUUUAUUUACAAGGUUUCGAGUUUUCUGCUUGACUGAGUUGGGUUGAAAGAACUGACUGAUUUAUUAUAAGUAUGGUACCGAUUUCACCUUGUUCUUCAGCUUACCUUGAUUGAUCUGCUUUAAUAAUAAACAAUUCUUCAUUAUCCUUAAAUCUGUUUUUAAAAGAUGAACCCUUCCAACGGCAAUAACAACAACAACAACAAUGCUUCUUUUCAAACCCCACGCAAUCCCUCUCCUACUACUACAAGACGUGUCUCCAAAACAAGCUCUUCCAGUGCUACAGGUAACGCUACUUCAGCGUCCCCUUUACGUAGCUACCCUAUGAAGCGCACAAAACGCACUUACCACCGUUCUCCACAAUUAGUGCCUUUGGCUACGUCGCAAUCAGAGAAUAAGGAGAAUCUUUUAAAGGAUACCAAUUCUUCUUCCGUUAAACCUACAAAGCGUGCACUAGCGGCCUCAGAAAUCAUGAAUGAGACUACAAUGUUAGAUCUCUUUCAUACAUCAAUGUGCGACGCGACCAUGGAUAUUACCAAACGCGUAAACAAUGAAUCUGGCGAGAACUUGUAAACAAAUCAUAGGUCCAAAAGAAAAAUCAAAGGACUGAUUCUUAUUUUGGUUGAAUGAAGUUUUCGAAAUGUUUUUUUUCUAAAGACAUUCUUAUUCGUUGCAGCAAUCCUCGUUUUCCUUAUUUGUUUUGUUUUCAUCUUUUUUGCCAAAAAAAAAAAGACUUAAUUUUGUGCGAUUGUUGCAUUUCUCCCUUGAAAUCCUUGAUUCUUCCCUCUCUCGUCUUUCUAUUUUUUGUAAUUUUCAGUUUUCUAAUGCGUUUUGAUGUACCGUUUCGUUUUUUAUUUGGGACACUUAUAAUUCACAAUUUCAUUUCUCGUCUCAUUCAUAGACCUUACAAGUCUAUGCUUCUUCCAUGAUCUCUUGUCUUCCUAAUUUAUCCAUUGUCUUUCAUUUGAAUCGUUAUUUGUUUUUCUUUUUAACCUUUAUAUAUCCUUACUCUAAUUAAUUUUAUAUUCUAUAAUCCUUUCAUCCUUUGACAUGGGAAAUUUGAAACGUUU